CGUGUAUACAGUGCUUUACAACUUGAACAGCGGUCAUGUAAUUACGUAUAACAAAUGUAUGACUAUAAUUAUUAUAAAUUGAAAACACAUCGAACAUAUCAUUCUAGAAUAUACAACAUAAAAAUCAGUGAUAAAUCACGGUAGGUUAUAAUGGAUUAUUUAGUGAUCGCAAAAGUAGACUUUAUUUUAAAACGUGAAAAUAAGUAGACAUUUUUUUUUUAUGAAAUCGGUAUUCCUCGAAUUAUACUUUUGAUAUAAAUACAUACAAAUAAAUACAUAAAUAUCAUCAUACAAUGCCUAAUAAUGAUAUACAUCUCAGCGGAAGUUCUCGCAAAAAAUACGGUCCGAAGUCGACACUGGCACAAAUAUUGGCAACUUUGGCACUGGGUUUUCUUUCAAUAGAAGUGGGUAUGAAAUUAUCAAUAUCCACCAUUGUCAUUAAAGAUCUAUUUCAAAGCUCUAAUAUAAAUUUUUCAAUAACACAAGCUGAGGCCGCGUGGUAUGCGAGUUCGUUAUUUAUAAGUCAACCGUUUGGGAACUUCGUAUCGGGAAUAUUUCAAGAAAGGAUUGGUAAAAAACUGUGCAUGAUACUGACAAACAUCCCCGGUGUCAUCGGAUGGAUACUAUUGUAUUACGCACAAUCUGCAACAAUUCUAUGCGUAUCUAUUAUAAUAAUGGGAUUCAAUGUAGGAUUUAACUUCGGUCCGACAUAUUCUUAUAUCGGAGAGAUGACCGAGCCGAGACUAAGAGGGAUUAUGGCUUCAUUGUUAAGCAUGGCAGUCAUGACCGGAUCAUUGUUGACUUUUGCUCUGGGAUCCAUGUUGCACUGGAGGACUGUUGCUCUGGUGAACGCAUGUUGCCCAAUAAUUUGCAUAUGCCUUAUCGCUGCCAUUCCGGAGUCUCCGAUUUGGUUGAUGGCGAAAGGGAAAAACGAUGAAGCAGAAAAAGCUAUUUGCUGGUUAAGAGGAUGGGUUGAACCCGAAACGGUAAAACAUGAAUUUCUCGAACUCAUUCGCUACAAUGAACGAUCCAAAACUCAAUUUGAUGCCGAUAGCGAAGGCGGAUUGUUAAAAAAAUUAGCUUAUUUCAAGGACCCGUCGAUCUAUCGACCGUUUAAGCUAUUAAUGAUUUAUUUUUUCGUCGCAUUCAUAGUUUGCAUUAUUCCUGGCAGACCGUAUAUUGGUAAAAUUUUAACAGAAGUCGGUGUGCCAACAAAUCAAGGGUUGUACUUGAUUAUAUUCGCUGCACUGCAAGGCAUCGGUAGUGUGGUAUUGAUGGUGGUGGUAAAUCGUUUGGGAAAGAGAUUUUUGACGUUAUUGACACUGUCGAUAAACAGCAUCAUGUUAUUACUGUUUGGCGUGUACACUUUAGUUCUAAAAAAUAAUUUCGUCAGCUCAACUCCAUGGAUUCCUUUAACAAUUUUGUGUAUAAUCUACUUUUCUGGGUCUUGUGGUGUUCUAAGCAUACCUUAUCUAUUGACCAGCGAAGUUUUCCCAAACAAUUGCCGAGGAAUUGCUACUGGCGUGUGUGGAGGAUUGUCAAACAUAAUUAUAUUCAUAAUUACAGCAAUGUAUUUAUUUGUUGAAAAUGUUUUAACUUUGGAGUACACCAUGAUUCUUUAUGGGCUUGUCGGAAUUUUUGGUUUGAUUUAUUUUUAUUUAUACUUACCAGAAACAGAAAAUCAAACACUAUUAGAAAUUGAAGAACAUUUCACGUAAAAACCAAAUGGAUGAUAGCUUUAGCACUAAAUAUAUUAUAUUUUCUUGUCAUCAUACAUGGAAUUACAAGAUCCAUAUAUUAA